AUGAGGCUCUUCUUGCUCACCUGCCUGAUGGCUGUCUUCCCAGUGGUCUUCAUGAAAAGUCCCAUAUUUGGUCCCGCCGAGGUAAGUAGUGUGCAAGGUAGCUUAGUGUCCAUCAAGUGCUACUACCCGGCCACCUCUGUCAACCGGCACACCCGGAAGUACUGGUGCCGGCAAGGGUCCAGGGGCGUCUGCACGACCCUCAUCUCCUCGGAGGGCUACAUCUCCAAGGACUACUUGGGCAGAGCCAACCUCACCAACUUCCCGGAGGAGGGCGCGUUCGUGGUGAACAUUUCCCAGCUCUCCCGAGAUGACUCUGGACGCUACAAGUGUGGUCUGGGCAUCAGUAGCCGAGGCCUGUCCUUCGAUGUAAGACUGGAGGUCAGCCAGGGACCUGACCCACAAGAUGACAUUGAAGUCUACACAGUAGACCUGGGUAGAACAGUGACCAUCAACUGCCCUUUCAAACGUGAGAAUUCUCAGAAAAUGAAGUACUUGUUCAAGGAGACAGGAGAGCUAGUCAUUAACACCAAUUAUGUGAACCCCAACUUCAAGGGAAGAGCCAGCAUAGUUAUUCAGGGUACCAACCAAUUAAUGUUCAACGUCAUCAUCAAACAACUGAGACUCAGCGACGCUGGGAUAUAUAUCUGCCAGGCUGGGGACGGUUCCAGUAGUAACAAGAAGUAUGUUGACCUCCAGGUGCUAGAGCCGGAACCUGAGUUGCUUUAUGGAGAACUGAGGGGUUCCGUGAACUUUGACUGUGCCCUGGGCCCUGAGGAGACAAAUGUGGCCCAAUUUCUGUGCCGGGUAAACAGCCAAGGAAGCUGUGAUGUGGUCAUCAACACCCUGGGGAAGAGGGAUCCAGCCUUUGAGGGCAGGAUCCUACUCACCCAAAGGGAAAAUGGCCACUUCAGUGUGCUGCUCACAGGCCUGAAGAAGGGAGAUGCAGGACGCUACCUAUGCGGGGCGCACCCUGGCGGUCAGCAGAAGGAAGGCUGGCCCAUCCAGGCUUGGCAACUCUUCAUCAAUGAGGAGACUGUGAUCCCCUCUAAUCCCACUGUGGUGAAGGGCGUGACAGGAGGCUCUGUGUCCUUGCUCUGCCCCUAUGACCAGAAGGAAAGCAACAGCAUCAAGUACUUGUGUCGCUGGGAAGGAACACAAAAUGGCCGCUGCCCACUGCUGGUGUCCAGCGACGGGGAGGUUCAGGAAGAGCAUGAGGGCAGGCUCGCACUCUUUAAAGAGCCGGGCAAUGGCACCUACACGGUCAUACUCAACCAGCUCACCACCCAGGAUGCUGGCUUCUACUGGUGUCUCACCAAUGGCAAUACUCGCUGGAGGACCUCAACGGAGCUCCAGAUUGUUGAAGGAAAACCAAGCCUCAAGGUACCGGAGAAUGUGACCGCUGUGCUGGGGAAGAGUCUUGAGCUCCAGUGCCACUUCCCCUGCAAAUACUACACCUUUGAGAAGUACUGGUGCAAGUGGAGCAACGGGGAAUGCAGGGAGCUGCCCAGCCAAGACAAAAGCCCCAGCCAGGCCCUUGUGACCUGUGACCAGAACAACCGGUUCAUCUCCAUGACCCUGAAUUCAGUUGUCAAGGAGGAUGAAGGCUGGUACUGGUGUGGCGUGAGAAAAGACCACAAUUAUGGAGAGACUGCAGCAGUCUACGUGGCAGUUGAGCAGGUGGCAGUGGGGUCCCGUGAGGUCAGCCCAGCCAACACAAAUCCAGGGGCUGAGGAGAAAGUGGCAGAGCCCACUGUUAGAGUGAUUGAGAACAAAGCCGUUGUGAAUCCCAGGCUUUUUGCAGAAGAAAGAGCGGUGGUAGAGGAUACGGGAGACCAAGAAUCUGGGAUCAGAGCAUCCUCGGAUACUAGCAGCUCUGAGGGACAAAGCAGAAGCUCCAAAGUGUUGCUGUCCACCCUGGUGCCUCUAGGUCUGGUUCUGACAGCGGGGGCUGUGGCUGUGUGGGUGGCCAGAGCCCGGCACCGGAAGAAUGUGGACCGGGUUUCAAUUAGAAGCUACAGGACGGAUAUUAGCAUGUCAGACUUUGACAACUCCAGGGAAUUUGGUGCCGUUGACAAUAUGGGAGCCGCUCCAGUCACUCAGGAGACCAUCCUUGAAGAAAAAGCUGAGGCCAUGGCCACCCCCGAGGGCAACACAGAACCUGAAGAACCCAAGAGGGCAAAAAGGUCAUCCAAGGAGGAAGCCGACAUGGCGUAUUCCGCCUUCCUGCUCCAGUCUGGCAAGAUAGCUGCCCAGGGCCAGGAGGAACCCAGUGAAGUCUAGGGCAGCACCAGCCGCCUGCCCCAUUGCCUGUGACAAUCACCUUCAGAAUUAUGCUGAUCUGCUGCCUGCACUCACCCCCACCUAGGCUUUUUCUACCUGUGCUCAGAGGUUGCUGGUCCUGUCCUCAGUGACAACAAGGCCUGGCCAAAUUGUUCCUGUUGGGUGAGGUGGGGACAAGGAGUGUCCAUCUGCAGCUAGUUUUUGUUGAGAGAACUUCAAGUGUGAAGGAUUCAGAUCUUAGAGGGGUCUCUCUGAAAGAAGGGAGACCUGGGUGGGGAGCUCAUUUCAGGAAGGAGAACCUUUGGGGCCUCCCUACACCCCUAUGGUGGGAUGCCACUGAUAUUUUCCCCUCCAAUCCAUCUCUCCCUUUCUUCCUUCCUUUCUUCUUUCCUUCAUUAAAAAGUCAUGUUUGAAUAUUUACUAGAAUCCAGGCAUCCUGCUAGAUGAUGGGACAAAUAUACCAUAAACCCAGUUGACCACGUCUCAAUAAAUAUCACUGAGGGAGGCCCGAUACUCCCAGUGUGUAUCCACUCAUAAGACCUGACACCUUAGCAGGUACACUCACCUCACCCCCCAAUGGGUGACAUCAUACAAUGCCUGGAGUCCUAAAGCAUACAUACAAGUCAUCACCAACAUACUCUUGCAGUCCUAGGCAAGAACUUUGAGGUCCUGAGUUUUUCUCAAGGGCACCCAGUAAGAUAAGUGAGUAUCCAACCAGAUUUGGCAUGUCCUGACCAGGGACCUUUCUGUAAGAGUCCUGCCCCACUGUUAGAGGUAGUUUAUAGAACAAGGAGGAGGAAAGGAAAAAUGUGAUUAGUGACUGAUGUUUCCCAGGUCCCACCUGCAGGGAAGAUAACUCCUUCCCUUCCUGUCACUCCCCUGGAUCUAAGAUAAGAGGGCUGUCAAACACAUGUUUGAAGAAUUAUAAGAGGGAGAGAAGGAAAGAGAAUGUCAGAUGGUGCCAGGGAGGGGCUGAUAUCCCAAGAGCUAAAAUUAAAGCUCUUUCUUCCUCUGAGCUCUGUAUUUCAACCAGCAUCUACAAGCCGGCCCUUGCUAACAAAUCAGAAAUGUGACUUAAUUCAUAAUUAAAGACCAUGAUUGCCACCAA